AUGUCUGACGGUCACUUGUUUAAUAACAUCUCUCUUGUAGGCCGUGGUGGCACUAAUCCAGGACAGUUGAGGGUUUACAGUGGUGGUGUUUUGUGGAAGAAACAAGGAGGGGGUAAGUCUGUUGAGGUGGACAAAUCUGAUGUCUUGGGCCUCGCCUGGACGAAAGUCCCUCGGGGUAAUCAACUUGGAGUUCGCACCAAAGAUGGACUCUUAUAUAAAUUUACUGGUUUCCGUGACCAGGAUAUUGCUAGUCUGAUUACGGUUUUCCAGACCACUUAUGGAAUACAACCAGUGGAGAAACAGCUCUCUGUUAGUGGGAAGAAUUGGGGUGAAGUCGACCUCGAUGGUAACACGCUCACAUUUCUGGUGGCUUCUAAGCAAGCUUUUGAAGUAUCUUUAGCAGAUGUUGCUCAGACUCAGCUUCAAGGGAAAAAUGACGUCAUGUUGGAGUUUCACGUGGAUGAUACUACGGGCGCCAAUGAGAAAGAUUCGUUGAUGGAGAUCAGCUUCCACAUUCCUAAUUCAAACACCCAAUUUGUUGGUGAUGAGAACCGCCCACCUGCUCAAGUUUUCUGUGACGAAAUCAUGAAAAACACAGAUGGGGUGCCAGGAGGUGAAGCUUCUGUUGUCACAUUCGAGGGGAUUACAAUUCUUACCCCAAGGGGUCGGUACAAUGUUGAGCUUCAUACUUCGUUUUUGCGCCUCCAAGGUCAAGCAAAUGAUUUUAAAAUUCAAUACAGCAGCGUUGUUCGCCUGUUUUCAUUGCCAAAGUCCAAUCAGCUGUUUACCUUUGUGGUUGUCACACUUGAUCCCCCCAUCCGCAAGGGGCAAACCUUGUAUCCUCACAUUGUUAUGCAGUUUGAUACAGAUGUUGUUGUUGAUAAACCCCUUUCUAUGAGUGAGGAUCUUCUCACAACAAAGUAUAAGGACAGAUUAGAACCAACAUAUAAGGGGCUAGUUCAUGAGGUCUUUACAAUGAUUGUACGUGGUUUGUCUGGUGCCAGAGUUACCAGACCUGGGAAAUUCCGUAGUUGUCUGGGCGGUUAUGCUGUAAAGUCAUCACUGAAAGCUGAAGAUGGAGUUCUGUAUCCCCUUGAAAAGAGCUUUUUCUUUUUGCCCAAGCCACCUACCCUUAUUCUUCACGAAGAGAUCGAUUAUUUGGAGUUUCAGAGGCAUGCUGCCGGUGGUUCAAACAUGCAGUACUUUGAUCUUCUUAUCAAACUUAAGACUGAGCAAGAGCAUCUUUUCGGGAAUAUUCAGAGAAGUGAAUACCAUAAUCUCUUUAAAUUUAUCAGUGGAAAGGGACUGAAGAUCAUGAACCUUGGAGAGGAUCAAAGUACAGAUGGUGUUGCAGCUGUGAUGCGGAAGUCCAAUGAUGAUGUCGUUGAUCCACAUCUUGAGCGUAUUAAGAAUGAAACUGGUGGAGAUGAGAGCGAUGAGGAGGAUGAAGAUUUUGUUGCUGACAAAGAUGAUGAGGGCUCCCCCACUGAUGAUUCUGGUGAAGGAGAAUCUGACGAUAAUGAUAGUGGAGAUGAGGAGGUUCCUGCAAAAAAGAAAGUCAAGAAGGAGCAACCCUCUUCUUCAAAGCCAUUUGUGAGUAGGAAAAAAGCCAAAGAUGAUGAUGAUACCAAGAGGAAGAAACCUAAGAAGAAAAAGGAUCCUAAUGCUCCAAAAAGAGCACUGACUUCUUUCAUGUACUUUUCACAGAGUGAAAGAGAGAAUGUGAAGAAAAGUAAUCCUGGAAUUAUAUUCACGGAAGUGGGGAAGGUUCUUGGUGAGAAAUGGAAUAAGAUGUCAGCUGAGGAAAAAGCACCAUAUGAAGCAAAGGCUCGGGCGGACAAGAAACGUUAUACUGAUGAGAUCAGUGGCUAUAAAAACCCACAAGUUUCCAACGUAGUUCCAGUCAAUGAUUCUGACAGUGCAUAG